UAUGGGACGAGUAUUUAAUUUGAUAUCUAAAUGUUUAAUUCAAAACAUGUUCUUUCCCCUAGUAAACGCCAUUAAACGUCAUGCUUCAAGUUCAUUUCCUUUGACAAAGCCAUUUCCAGGCUUUAAAGACUCUAUGAUAGUAGGAGAAAGUUGCUACUUUGAUUCAUCAAGGUUUAUGGAAACCCGUACGACUACACUUGACAGUGGCCUUCGAGUCUUUACUGUACAUACUCCUGGUAAUUCCGCCGUAAUUGGAGCAACCGUUGGGUUUGGAGGAAGAGAUACUGAUAAAAUUUCUUGUGGGUCUCCCAUGUUCUUUGAAAGAUGUCUUUUUCGGAAAACAAAGCAUAGGACUAAGCAGAAAAUGAAAGAAGACAUAAGAAAAAUUGGAGAAAACGUUACUGUACAGAGUAGUCGGGAUAACCUUUUUUGCUUGGGCACUGUCGCUCUGCACGACAUUCCGCAGUGGUUGGACGUGCUUAGCGAUUCUUUAUCUAAUCCAGAAUUCACUACAGAUUUCGUCGAGCGAGAACUAAAAAGUAUUGAAUACGGGAAGGAAGAAAACCUUAACAAAGCCGAGUACGUUUUAGAACUUCUUCAUCGAGCCGCAUUUGGUAAUAAAACGUAUGGAAGAAUGCUUCACGUUGAAGAACACAGCAAGAUUACACCUGAACUACUGGCUAGUCUCCACAGGGACUACUUUACUGCUCCGAAUAUCGUUAUUGGGGCUGCUGGGGUUCAGCACAACUUUUUAGUUGAAGCCUGCCAGUAUUACUUCCGAGACUUGCCUUUGAAGCUUCCACUUUCGAAAUCUUACGCUAAAUUUGUGGGAGGCCAUUGUCAUCUUUCUACAGACAACUCAUUGACGCAUGUGGGAGUGGCCUUUUCAUUCAAGAGCAAUGGACGACUGACCAUGAAGGAGACGACUACUAUGGCCGUCUUGCAAUUCUUAUUGGGCGGAGGGAGCUCGUUUUCCGCGGGAGGGCCUGGAAAGGGCAUGUACACGAGAGUUUACGUCAAUAUCUUGAAUUCCUACAACUGGGUGGAAAUGUGUAACGCGAUGGGCGUGGGCUAUAGUGAUGCUCACUUGUUUGCUUUGAUCGGCUCCUACAAAAAUACCGACAGGAAAAAUUCAUACGGCCCCAAACUCUUUAAAAUAAUGCGUCACGAGUUAGAAGGGAUAAUCACCAACCCCAUUGGGAAUGUUGAACUGCAGCGCGCCAAGAAUAGACUUCGCUGUCUUUUUUUCUCGAACUUAGAGAUGAGGCCUAUUCUUGUUGAAGAACUUGGCCGCUACUUUUUGCAGACGGGAAAAAUUCCUGAACUAAAAGAACUUUGCACCUCUAUUGAAGAGGUCACUGCUGAAGACGUGAGAGAGAUGGUUUUGAAUAUGCUGGAUCAACCUACUGCUACUGCGAUUUUGGGCCCUUAUGAUCACUAACAAAUCUUUUUAUUCGAAUA